ACGCGUCAUGGAGCUACCUCACCAUCAUCAAUCGUUGGACAUUAUCACAGUAUAAGAGGCCAUGCAGAAACAAACGAAGUAUCCUGACAUUCCCUAGACUUACCGCAUACAACUCAUCGCUUCUUCGUUAUGCAGAACCCAAAGGACGAGAUAGCAGGCAUUGUCGGUGUCCUCACCUCUACCGUCGACCGCAAGCUCCUUCGCGAUACGAUCAAGAACAACUUCACAGAGGAUGCCUCCAUCGACCACCCACUCUGUAUUAUCAAGUCCAGCGCAGGCUCGCGCCAGAAACUACUUGGUGCAUACGAGUGGUACAGAAUUCUCAGUCCACACACCAAGAGUCGCGUAGAGAGCGUAGGUGAGCACCCACUCACCACAGCAUGAGCGCUCCCAAAGAAAGGAGAUACCCCUCCCCGAAACAGUGUAUGACGAUAAAUUGGACGUCCUUAUCGUUGAAGUCGUUCAAUCCAUCCACAUUCG